CUCAGCCCUGGGAAGGCGCCAUGUUGCUGUCCCUGUCCGUCACCAGGCUCCCGCUGGCUCUCGCCCCUGCUGUCAUCCAGCAGGGCCCCUCGUCCACUCUCUUGGAAUGCUGUCAUUUCCUGUCUUUCAUUUUUAUGAAUGAAACUGGGCCACAAGUUUGAACGUGUUUGUGGGUCGGCAGUGCGGCAGAGGCGGAAGGGAGACGCGGUCUGUGUCUUUGGAGAGGCCGGGCAAGGCGCGGGCUUCCCGCCCUGGAAAGUUUGCAGCGGGGUGAAGUGCAAACCCUCUCUGUGCUCCUCCAGGCGGGGACAGUGGCCUCCUGGCAUGACCCUCCUGUAGGGACGGAAGCCGAGCGAUCGCUAGGCUGUGUGCCCGGACCUCGCUUCUGCCUGUGAGCUGGUGAGACAGGAACAAUGGGAACACUGAAGUAUCCAACAAUCAUGGCAUUUCAAGUCUCUGCCUCAAGGAAGCUCUGAAAUCGAGACAUGGAUGCAGUGACUUAUGAUGAUGUGCAUGUGAACAUCACUGCGGAAGAGUGGAAUUUACUUGAAUCUUCCCAGAAGAAUCUCUACAAAGAUGUGAUGCUGGAGACCUACUGGAACCUUACUGUUAUAGGUUCCUAUUGGGAAGACCAUCAUAUUGAAGAACAAGGUCAAACUUCUAGAAGUCUUGAAAGGCAUAUAAGAAGUCAGAGUGGAGAGAAACACUAUGAAUGUAAUCAAUGGGGUAAACCCUUUGCAAAACACAGUCAUCUUCAAUAUCAUAGAAGAAUACAUACUGGAGAGAAAUCUUAUGAAUGUAAUCAAUGUGGAAAAGCCUUUACAAGUCCUGGUGAUCUCCAGUAUCAUAAAAGAACACAUAAUGGUGAGAAACCUUAUGAAUGUAAUCAAUGUGGUAAAGCUUUUGCCUAUCACAGUAAUCUCCGAUAUCAUAAAAGAACACAUACUGGAGAGAAGCCUUAUAAAUGUAAUCAAUGUGAUAAAGCCUUUAAAGCAUCCUUUAUUCUUCAGAAUCAUAAAAGAACACAUACUGGAGAGAAACCUUAUGAAUGUAAUCAAUGUGGUAAAGCCUUUGCAUGUCACAGUAGUCUCCAAAGACAUAAAAUAACUCAUACUGGAGAAAAACCAUAUGAAUGUAAUCAAUGUGGUAAAACUUUUGCAAGAUCCAGUUAUCUCCAGUAUCAUAAAAGAACACAUAGUGGGGAGAAACCUUAUGAAUGCAAUCAAUGUGAUAAAAACUUUUCAUGUCAUCUUGGUCUCCAAUAUCAUAAAAGAAGACAUACUGGAGAGAAAACUUAUGAAUGUAAUCAAUGUGGUAAAGCCUUUGCAAGUCACAGUCAUCUCCAAUAUCAUACAAGAACGCAUACUGGAGAGAAACCUUACCAAUGUAAUCAAUGUAGUAAAGCUUUUACAGUAUCCAGAAAUCUUCAAUAUCAUAAAAGAACACAUGCCAGACAGAAACCUUAUGAAUGUAAUCAAAGUGGUAAAGUAUAUUCAUAAGGGAGAAGUCUCCAAAUUCUAUGUGCUAGAGAGAAACCUAAGGUUCAAAAUGCAAGGAAUCAUCAGGAAGUUGAAUGAAGCUAAAUCCUGUUAUCAAGGAUAUUCAAUGGCAUUAAAGUAAUGGUUACAUUAAGACAAGAUUCCAUCCAGCUAAACAUAUGGAUUUGCAGUUGUAUGAAUGUGAACUGUGUCAUGUUAUAAAGCAUUAUUACCUGGUUGUUGUUUUCAUGUGGAGAUAUGAAGAUAUAAAUACGUGACAAACUGAGAAGGCCUGGAUCUUGAUUGCUAUUUUGGGUUUUCAUUUUAAGAUCUAAAAUUUAAAGCUUAGGUCCAGGAAUGGUGUUACAUGAUUUUUAUCCCAGCAUUCAAGAGACAGAGCCCUGUAGAUCUCUGAGUUCAAGGUUAAUCUACUCAGCAAGUUCCAGGACCGCAAAGCUUAGGUUUUGAAGUUUUUUGAAAAAUAUAAAGUGGGUGAUAAUGUAAUAGAAGUGGCCAUGUUUCAGCCACAUAAAGUGGCAGAACUCAGCAGCUUUGUCUAUGUGGCUCUGGAUUUAGAGGCAAGAAUAGAAGGGACUAUUGAGACAAUGCUGGAUAGCUACAGAUCAAGAAUUAGAGGAAAUGAGAAGAAAUAAGCAUCACUGAGGUAAAAAAAAUCCUGGGAAGUAUAUUCUGAGUGACAAAGAAUGUGUGCUCCAGAGAUCAAGGUAGGGCCUAGUGGUGCAGUUGGACUUGUCAUGUGUAAGAAUCACCAGGUUGUACUGGUUUUGAAUACAUGAAAUUGUCAUGCAGAGGAGCUGAGGCGUGGCACCAUUGAGCAAACAUAAGGGAGGCUAUGGGUCAAAAAUUUUUGCAGCAGAGGAACUCAACAUCCUGAAAAUGCAAGUGCCAUGGUUGAACAGCAAUAACAGAAGGAACAGGAGAUUGGAGCCGACCAGAGUUUAGAAUGCUGCAGAGGGCGGAGGUAGAUAACUGACCCAAUCUCUUUGGAGGAUAAGAGAAGAUCAUGUGUGGAUCCUGGACAUUGACAGAAGAAGCUGUGAUAUUGAAAUUAUCUUGAAGACACCAAAAUGUUGAGAUAUUAGAACUGUGUGAUAGCAGGAAAACUGCUUUCCAGGAAUAAAACCACUCAAAGAGAAAGAAUUCUCCUGCAUUGUACAAAGCAGAAAGUUGGAAAUAUGAAGAACACUUUGACAACAGAUAUGGAGAUGUAGAGGUUGAAGAUGACUCAGCUGACUUUGAUCAUAUUUAGGUCCACUGUUUCCUCAUGGUACCUAUAGCAAUUGUGAAGUAUAUGCUGUGAAUUUGGAGGUAUAUGAUGUGCUUUUAUGAUUUUGAACAUGAUUAAAUUUAGAAGAGUCUUUGAACUUUGGACUCUUAGCAUUUAUGACACUGCUGUAGACAGAGACUUUUGAAGUAGGUGCUCAUGUAUUCUGCAUGUUUAAGUAUGAUCUCUAUACACUCAUGUGUUUGAACAAUCAUAUGGGGGCCAAAAAGAGGAAUGCGGUAAUUUAAAUAUGCCAAGCUAAGUGAGUGGCAUUAUGAGGUGGUGAGGCCUUGUGAAGGGCAUCACUUUUUGGGUAGGCUUUGAAAUUACUACAAGUGCUGAAGAGACCCUCCUAUUAGGUCCCUGGAAGACACUCUUCUCCUGGUUGCCUUUGGAUAAAGAUGAAGAACUCUCAGCUUCUUCUCCAGAAUCAUGUCUGUCUGCAUUCCUGCCAUGUUUCCUGCUAUAGAGAAAAUGGACUAAACCUCUGAAACUGUAAGACAGCUCCAACUAAAUGGUUGCUUUUAUUGGAGUUGUCUUGUUCAUUAUGACUUUUGACAGCAAAGAAAAUGAUAAGUUAGAAACACUCUGAGUGCAUUUAAUGCAGUCAGAACUUUGCACAGUUCUGUAGUCUUCAUUUUCAUGAAAAAUAUGUGUCAGAGGAAAACCUCAUGAAUGGGUUUAGUAUGAUGCCUUUGUACACCUCUAUAGUCUUCAUCAUGGUGAAGCUAUUCAUACUGGAGUGAAAGUCUAUGAAUUUUAGCAAUGUAAGGCCUUUAUGUUAUGAGAUAUACUGAGUUCUAACACAAUUUAAAAACCAGGACAAUGCAAAUGAUAAGCAUCUUUAUAGUUAAAUCUUUACUGAUUAAUCUGGACUAGAAAAUAUAUUUAUAAAUUUAUCUGAAUGACCCCAUCCAGUCACCACUCUGAGCCAGAAUCUGAUAUAGAUUUCAAACCUGAAAACCUCAAACAUCAAUGCUAGUUACAGCUACAUUUCCUACCAAUCAGGAUUUUCUUUUGAUGUUACUCUAUGUGAAAUGAUACAGAAUGUAGGCUUUAUGGUUUAGCAUAUCCCACCCACUGGUUCUUUGUAGGUGGUAACAGACAUUUUAUUUUGAGGGAUAAAAUGUGAAUAACAGAAAUUAUGAUUAGGAACAAGUCAUUAUGAUUUGGGGAAACAAACAAAUGAUGAAAACUUGACUGAUAUCGUUAAGUACUUAAGUGCCAUAUGACCUGGGACUUGACCUGUUUCAACCCAUGAUUCAAUGGAGGUUGGGAACAAAAAGAUCAUCCUUAGAGCAAGUUUCUUUUGCAUGUUCCCAACAUUUGUGUAUCAUAGUCAUUUUAAAAAUAUAACAAAAUAUAUUGAAGAGAAAUCUUAUAAAUAUAAUCAAUGUGAUAAAAAUUUUUCACAAUACUUAUCUAUGAAUGCAUAAAAGAAUACAUCCCAGACAGAAUGCUAUGAACAGGCAAUUUGAUAAAGAAAAUCUUUGCAUUUAGCAGUAGUCUCAGAAACUAUAAGAAAAAGCCAUAAUGCAGAUAAAUGCUCAUAAACAGUCAAUAUGUUAAAGUUUUGUAAUUUCUAGUAUCUUAAUACAAGAGUAAACUCUUUUGCACCUAAUUAAGCUAGUAAAGACUUUGCAUUUCUAGAAAGUUUUUGAGAACCUUCAAUAAUACCAAAAGUAAUCUGUGACUAAAAAGAUUUCGGUAAGAUCUUAGGCAACAUAACUAUAUCGAGUUAUUCAGGGUUAUUUUUUAUGUAGAAAUAAUGUGACAUGUGUCAACAAUCAACUAAAACUUUAUAAUAUCUCUCUAUUUUAUUUGCACUUGCAAACUCAUUUUUACUUACAAAGGACACUAAUUUUUAUUUUCUAUUUUAGUUAAUCAUGUGUCGAACAACAUUGUUAACAGUGUUCAUCAGCUCUAGGAACUGCUGAUGUGAAGUUUUGGUUCACUUAUACAAACAAUCAUAUCAUCUGCAAAGAAAGAUCAUUUUACUUCCUCCUUUCUAAUUUAUAUUACCUUUCCUCCCAUUUUAUUGCUCUAACUAAACUUUUACAUAAUAUAUUAAAUAGAUAGAUAUACAGAAAAUGGAUCUCUUGUCUAGUUUAGGAACUACUGGAAUUUGAAUUUCUCUCCAGUUAUUUUAAUGUUGGCUAUAGGCUUGCUGUAAAGUGACAUUUUUGUGUUCAGUCAUAUCCCUUGAAUGCUUAAACACUUCAAAAUUUUUAUCAUAAAGUGGUGUUGAAUAUUGUCAGAUAAUUUUACAUGAUCUCAUGAGAUGAAUAAUUCUAUGAUUUCUAUACUUUAACCCCAUUAUAUUGAACCACCACUGUGUUUCUUGAAUGAAGCUUUCCUCAUUGAUCAUGUUGGAUGAUCUUUGAUGUGUUUUGUAUUUCAUUUGUUUUGUUUUGUUUUGCUAAUUAAGUAUUUUUGCAUCUGUGCUUAUAAGGAAAAUUGGUCUGUAAUUAUCUUUUAUUGUUCAGUCUUUCCUGACUGGACAUGAGUAAUCAUGGGUUCAGAAAAUAAAUUGGCUAAUAUUUCUUU